AUGAGAUUGGCGUUAUUCUUAUACUCGCUCAUUACCUUCGUCAAGUUUUCCUCCUCCACAGUCAUCGUCACCAUCACCGCCGCUCCAGCCAUCCCAUCCGGCGAACCAUCCUACUCCAACCCUACAUCAUUUACAUCGGCAAUCCUUAAUUCGACCAACACCUACCGCCGCCAAUACAACGCUUCCUCAUUAUACUGGAACACAACCCUGGAGAAAUUCGCCACUGCAUAUCUCCAGUCAGACACAACUUGCCGUUUCGCCCAUUCGGGGGGUCCAUACGGUGAGAAUCUCGCCAUCGGAUACGCGAACGCGACAGCAGCGGUGGAGGCUUGGGGUGACGAGGAAGAAAAAUACAAUUUCAAUGAUCCUGGUUUCACAGAGCAGACGGGGCACUUUUCGCAGCUGGUCUGGAAAGCGACGCGGGGAGUUGGAUGCGGGAGGAAGUUGUGCGGUACGAGAGGUUGGUUUGUGGUGUGUGAAUAUUGGCCAAGAGGGAAUGUAGGGGGACAGUAUGGGGAGGAGGUUAACAAGAGGGUUGAUGGAGGAGGAGGGACGAGAUUGGGCGGGCCUAUUGUUGCCGCUAUUGCAAUAGUGCUGAGGUUACGAAACCGCGAGUCCUGA